AUGGAAAGUACUCCAGCAAUGACUACUUCUACAGCACCUAUUGGUUCUACAACAAUGGAUAUAACUGCGUUACAGACAGUCUUCCCAACGACCACUGCUUCUACAGACAUGGAUACGAGUUUGACAACGCUAGACUCUACAGAAGCCAAUGGUUCCAUAACCAUAGAUACGACUAAAACAACACUAGGCUCCACAGUGACCAGUGGUUCUGCAAGCAUGGAUACGACUACAACAGCACCAGACUCUGAAGCAACCAGUGAAUUCACAAGCAGAGAUACGAUUACAACAAUGCUAGGCUCCACACAGCUUAGUGGAUAUCCAAACGUAUCAACUCUCGGUGCUGCAUUUCGACGUGGCAUCGGUGGCCAAGUUGUCGAUACUUUCGAUAUAGACAAUGCGGCCAAGUCAAACGUCUCAGCAGCAGCUAUUAUCAGCAAUCAAGCUUUAAAUGGUGCUACAUCUCUCAAUAUGCUCAUCAUUGAUAAACCUACAACAUAUAGACAAGCGAUCACAGUGGACACUUUGCGUCGGAAUGACACAAAUUCAUCUGUUAUUGCCGAAAAUCUUUCAUUAUAUAUAAGUUCAAUUACGAAUUCGAAUACAACAUCCAAUUCAUCAAAUACUCUCACUGUUAAUGAAAUUGAUACCCUUAUAUCCAGAAUAAAUGAUACUAAUAUAACAAAAAAUACUGCUGAUUCAAUCCUUGUUGCACAACAACCCAAUCAAGGAGACAAUAUAAUCGUGUUAGGUGCUUCAUUUACACGUGGUGUUGGGGGCAAAGUUGUUAAUACUGCAAAUAAAGAGAACGUAACCAACUCACAUUUAUCAACCGCAGCUAUUAUUAGCAAUCAAUCCCUAACUGGUGUCAUAUCUCUCAAUAUGCUCAUUAUUGAUAAACCUACAACAUAUGAAAAUAUAGAUAAUUCAACGAAUAAAACUCUUGCAUCAUCAGUUAUUGUCAUGUCAAUCCGAAGAGAUAGUUCUGCAUCUGUCCCGAUGAAUAUUUCUCUUUAUUUUCAAGUUUUAAAUGAAUAUAAACCCAAUUUAAGCGCCGAUUACUUUUGUUCAUUUUAUGAUACAACUAAUUUCACAUGGAAUGAAUUUGGUUGUACGAAACCUCAAUAUAGUCCAACAUUUGAUCGAUAUGAAUGUAAUUGUAACCAUACAACUUCAUUUGCUCUUAUUUGGUUACCAAAAGUACCUCUUACACGUUAUCUUAAUGCACAAGACAUUGCAUCUCUUGUAUUUCAAUCAAUAUCAAUUUGUUGCUUUUUAGCUAUUAUUAUUCAUGCUAUUGUUAUACGAAUUCGAGAUUCAAAAAUGAGCUUACGGACAUAUGAUUUACCACCAUUAAUCUCAUGUGGAACAACAAUGAUUCUGUUUGUUUUUUAUAUUGCUCUAGCAAUGACAGUUUAUACGAAAGAAACAUAUGAUGAUGAAAAUCAAUGUUUUCUAAGUUCAAGUGUAUUGAUGUUUUUUGUUUAUUUCUUUUUAAUUUUCAUGCUUUGCACCAAAACAAGUGUGGCAUAUUUUGAUUAUCUACGUUUCGUUUAUUUAUUUCCUCCACCACCAUAUCAGCAAUUAUUAACAAUGCUGGUAGUAUCAUUUUUCGUUUCUAUUACAUGGGUUGCUUUUGCAGCUGGCUUUAAUUCUAGUUCAUCAUUUCAUAUUACACAAUUAUAUCCAUAUAAACUCUGUUGGUUUACUCGUCCAGCUAUUUAUUAUUUUCUAACCAUACCUGUUGGUCUUUUUCUCAUAAUUAAUAUAUUUAUAUUUAUUCGUGUAGCUCAACGUAUGGUAAGUCAUGCUCGAAAUGCAACAGUACAUCACGGUUCAUUUGAAAGAAGAAAACAAUGCGUAAUCCUUUUACUUUUUUCAUGUGCAACUCAAGGUAUUGGUUGGCUUUUUGGUCCAUUUUUGACAAUUGCUACUCCAGAAGCGGCGAAUGUUUUAGGAUGGUUUUUUAUUAUAUUUAAUGGAUUAGAAGGUUUAUGGGUGAUAAUUCUUUAUGCAAUAAUUCGAUUAGAACGAAUAGGCGAACAAAUACGUAUUCUACCUGCUGAAGAAAUAAGGAAAUCGCGAACAUCAAAAUUAACAACUAGUAAAGAUAAAAAAUCUUUUGAAGAAGAAAAUGAAAAAGAAGAUCGUCGCAUUACAAGAGACACUGAAGUUAGAUACCAGAAUAGACGAAAACAAACUUCACGCUCCUUUGAUGACUUUCGUGAUAUCGUAAUGAUGGACCCUGAUGUUGAUGAUCAUAGUGAAACAUCAUUCUGUUGA